AUGGUCUCCAGCCCUGAUCUCCCCGACCAAGAAAUCGACCGUUCUGAGCCUGAGCCGCCGCUAAGCGGGCCGUCCCAUGGGACUAACGGUGCCAACGGCGCCAAUGUGAGUUUCCAAGGGAACUCGGUAUCGCUGCUGUCGCUGCAACUGUCAUUUACGCUGGCCCUGCCGAAGAAACUGUCGCCAGCGUUCCACUACGAUCCAGAUAUCUUUGCCAAGUGCCAGGAGUAUCUCCAGGAAAAGAACUACCACGGUUUGGCCCUUAUUGCACGUCAAAAGGGAAUUCCACCGUUUCUCCGUUUCAAGGUAUGGCCUGUGCUACUUAAACAUCACCCUUAUGUGCUUAAUCCGUUUAUCCAGCCGGAUUCUCAACCGGACGCCGGUCUGGAAGAGAACCUGACGGAAACUUCCGAACUGGACGCUGAUUCUGAGCUCCAGCGCAGAAUUAGAAAGGAUUUGCGUAGAUACAUGCAUCGUGUGGCCAGUCCUUCGGAUGAACCACUCUCUGAAACUGAACUGCGCUUGUUUGACACCUUGGAGAAGUCAGUACACAAGUUCUUUGCCAAAUGGGGCAGAAUCAUCAAGUACGACUCGUCGCUUGCAUGGAUAGCGUUGGGUCUUGCCGAAUGGUUCCCUCCAAUCCCACAUACUUCGUGGGUUCUCUUGGGCAGGGACGUUCUCUCCUCAAACAACACGCAUAUGGGUUCGGUUUUUGACGACUACCAAGAAUAUAUCAGCUCGCUGCCUGGUUUGGACUCGUACCUAGAAAGUUUGGUCCAGGACGAAACCAUCAGCAAUAUGAGCUUUCACGAAGUUUACGAAAGGCUUGUCCUCAUUCUUUUGCAUUCGCCUGAGCUGGCGAAUAAGCGUGACAUGAACUCGAAGCUGGUCAAGAUCGAUAAGCUGACGCUUCCGAUCAAUGGUGGCACCAUCGAGGAGCGUGUUUCGUUUUUCAUUUAUGUGUUCCAGAUUCUCUUGCCGGAACUCUCCGAAUACUUCCUGGAGGAACAGAUUUUAAAUAAGUUUGGUUCCCAUGACGACGAGUGGCUUAUAUGGUGGCUCAAGUUCUGCGGUGCCAAGGUCUGGUCUCGUGUGGACAGGGGUCGUGUUUGGGACCUCCUUGUUGGUUGGAGACUCCAGAGCAAGAAAUCAGAGAACAACAAGCAUUACUACAGCGACAAGCUCAACAUUUCAGACCAGUUGCUCGACAAGUUGGGCCCAGACGUGUUCUGGACUGUCGACUACGAGGAGGAUCAACCGGCUUCACCUUCGCUCUCAAAGAGGGAUUCCUUCAAGGAUCUUAUGAGCGAAUUACACAUUGAACCACCAGGAAGCUCGGGUUCGAAUGGCCUCAAUUCUGGGCUUUUGUCUAACAAUGACUUGCCACCACAACGCAACCAUGACUCCAACGGCGCCUGGUCUUCUUCCCUGGGUUCGACGCUGCCGUCUCUUCUGCCACCUCUGGAAUGUUCACUGACGUCGAGCUGCGGCAACAAUGGCCCUAUCAUUCCAUUCUCCAAGAUUGAUAUGCACAUCGAGCUUCUUUUCGUUUCGUUGGCUCUCUUGCAAGCGAAGGGAAACACUUUAGUGGAGCUUGACCAGCACGAGAUCCGUACUUACUUGUCCAGACUCCCAGCCAAGUCCUUCAAGGCCAGUGACAAGUACAAACAGUACCAGGAGCAGAAAGACAAGGAGAAGGGCGCUGCACCUCCAGAUCACGGCUUCCGCUACGACUACAUGGACAGUAUAAUCUACGAAGCAGGCGAGCUAUGGAGAAAAUGGCUCUGGAGAGAACAGACAUCCUAG